AUGGCGGCCGUCAUGUCAAGUUUCACGAGCACAAUGCUCAACACACUAUUAAAUACUUCCCUCCAGGAAGGCAUACUCUACGGCCUUCUCGGGAUAGCAGCAUACCUCUUCCUAGCCUCCUCCCUCCGAUUCCGACGGCGAGAAGGCCUCUAUCAGAAAUACCCCUACACAACCCGUGCAUCGAUGGCAACCAUGUCCCACCACGAUGCAUGGGCCAUUCAGAAAACAAUCCUUCAAAUGGAAUUUCCCUUCAUCGUACUCAAAUCCCUCCAAUUCGCGCUCUUCCGCACAUACGGCAUCCCCACAAUCUCAACACUCCUCCUACAGACGUCCCAAUUCUCCUCCAGCACUACUUCCUUCAAACGCUACGCCGACACAGGCGCCCUAAUCGGCGAAUUCAUGGCCUUCGACCCGCACUCGACCCGCGCACAAACAGCAAUCGCCCGCACAAAAUUCCUACACAAAGGCUACCGCGCCAGCGGCAAGAUCCUCGAGGACGACAUGCUCUACACACUCAGCCUCUUCGCAACAGAACCAAUCCGCUUCGCCUCGCUGUACGAGUGGCGCGAGAUGACGGAGAUGGAACGUGCGGCCGUGGGCACGUACUGGAAGAGCCUCGGUGAUGCCCUCGAUAUCAGCUAUGAGAAACUUCCGUCGGGGAAGACGGGGUUCCGCGAUGGAAUUCAUUGGCUUGAGGAGAUUAGCGAAUGGAGUUAUUAUUAUGAGGUGCGGCAUAUGAAGCCUCACCCGCGGAAUAAGGAGAUUGCUGAUAAGACGAUUGAUGUGCUGGUUUAUAAUCUGCCGGGGUUUAUGAGGCCGCUCGGAGUAUAUUUUGUUUCUUUUUUGAUGGAUGAGAGGUUGCGGGAUGCAAUGAUGAUGAAACCCCCACCAGCAUUCUUCAGCCUGCUCUUCGCAUCCGCGUUUAAAAUCCGUCAACUCGCCCUUCGUUAUGUGGCGCUUCCACGACCGAAUUUCCUCCGGCUUGAUGUCUUCACUGAAGAGCCGAACCAGCAUGGGCGGAACUUCGUGUUAUUCUACGAAGGUGCGCCCUUCUACGUCCAACCCACUAUUUGGAACCGCUGGGGCCCAGUCGCGUGGUUUAAAUGGUCGCUUGGACAGCCAUUGCCAGGUGAUGAGGGCGACAAGUAUUAUCCGCAGGGCUAUCGCACUGCCGAUCUGGGGCCGAAGUACUUUGAAGGCAAGGGACGCAAGGAGGUGGAAGCUAUUACAGCCUCGCUGCGGCAGCAACGCAUGGGGCAAUGUCCUUUUCCAUGA